AUGAACCAAUCUCUUGCUUUGAAGAUUAUUCCGUUCCUUGAUGUGCAUCUCAUGUUUCCUUUGCUUGAGUUUCUUGAGCAAAAUGAGAUUUAUCCAAAACAACAAGUACAACUUGCUGCUUAUGAAUUAAGUAAAAAGACCAAGAUGUUGGACUUCCAAAAGAAAAAACAAGAAGAACUUGGAAGCGAAGCAAACAUCACUCCAAUCGACUACCAAAAAGAGGAGAAGGAAAUUUUGGAUCAAAUCGAGAAUUAUAAACAAGUAUGCGAGCCACUUCUUACCAAAUUGAAAGAGUAUAAUCAAAACAAGGAAUCUAUCAAGGAGUCCUUGCAAGUUUAUCUUUCGGGAGAUAGUAGAAUUAAACCUGAAAUGUUAGACAAGCUCUAUGACUAUGCUAAAUUCAUUUAUGAAACAGGAGAUUAUGAAACUGCUGCUGCUUUGUUGUCCGAUGUCAAACAACUCUAUGGGGAAGUUAAUAUCGACAAGGCAUACAUGACGGCUUGGGGUAAAUUAGCAAGUGAAUUAAUGUGUAAGGAAUGGGAAAGCGCUAGUGCUGCGUUAAAUGAUUUGAGAGAAUUGAUGGAGAACAGAUUCCAACAAAUGUUGCAACACGAAAGAUCAUCAGCAAAUGCUGCUGCUUCUUCAACUGCACCAGUAACUACUCCAAUCACUAAGAGUGGUGUUAAGAGCGUUGAAUUGGAUCUCAUCAAUGCUAGAUGUUGGUUCAUUCAUUGGUCCCUCUUUGUUGCUUUCUUCGACCAAGCCAAUGGAUACAAGGUAUUCUUAGACCUAUUUUUCCCUUAUCCAGCUGGAACUUCUCACCCACAAACAGACCUUACAUCUAACAGGUAUAUUUCUGCUCUCUUCCAAAGCAAUUCUUCAUAUAUUCUUCGUUAUUUGGCUGUCAUCAUAAUUUUGAAGAAACGUAAUAAGACCUAUUUGAAUGGAUUGGUUAAGUUUAUGGAACAACAUUUGAUUAUUAGGUCCGAUUUUCAACAACAAGAUGAACUCUUGAGUGAUCCUGUUAUUCAAUUUAUUUAUCAAUUGAAUGUCAACCAUGAUUUCAAGGCUGCUUAUGAGACUCUGAUUACAUGUGAAAACAUCCUUAAGAAUGAUUAUUUUACUGCAUCACAUGUUAAGGAAUUUAUGAAUCAAGGCAAAAAUAUGAUUUUCGAAAGCUAUGCAAAGGUUUCACAUGUAUUCGCUUAUGGAGAUGCUUCAAAGACUGAUUUCCCACUCGACGAAGAAUUUAUCACCUCAGCCAUCAAUUCGUUGAAGAUUCAAGCAACAGUGGAUUCUGAACAUCAUCGUGUGACAGUGAAGAAACAUUUGCCAAAUAUCUAUCAACAAAUUUUGGAACGGACAGAAGAAUCAGCUCAGAAAACUCAUAACAUUGCCGUCAACGUUAAGAACCUUCAAGCUCAAAGACAAUCUAAACAUUAA